AUGCACAUUAAUCUGAUGAAUAAUUUAUAAUACCAUAGCAUUCAAAUUCACACUAGCAUAAUUUAACCUAUUCAAUCCACAAAGUACAACUUAAAACUUGAAUGGGAAAUCUUUCAAUAUGGGAUUUAUUUACUUUUCCAAUAAGAUUUAUCAAGUAAGGAAUUUAGAAAUGCCAAAAAUUGGAUUGUUUAAAUUGAGCAAUCACCGUAAUUUACAUUUGUACCAUCCAAUCUUAAAUUAUCCAAGAAUGUAUUUUUUUCAUUCAAUUUUAUAGCAUCGAAUUAUAUAUUUAGCCCCAAGUAUGUUAAAGAAAUCUUUCUUCAAAAAAAAAUAUCUUAUUUACGGAUGCUGA